AUGCAGACAGUCCCCAUUCACGACUCGGCACUCAGCCUUAUCGGACACACGCCGCUCGUCAGACUCGACCGUAUCGCGCGCGAGGAAGGCCUCAGGUGUAACUUGUUGGCAAAGGUCGAGGGAUUCAGCGCAGGCGGGAGCGUCAAGGACCGUAUCGCCCUCCGGAUGGUCGAAGAAGCAGAGAAACAAGGCCGCUUGAUCCCUGGCGUCUCGGUGCUCGUCGAACCCACGAGUGGGAAUACGGGGAUUGGACUGGCGCUUGUUGCGGCUGUCAAGGGCUACAGGGUCGCGCAGCCGGAGAAGAUGAGCAAGGAGAAGUCUAACACGCUCAAAGCGCUCGGGGCCGAGAUCUACCGGACACCGACAGAAGCGGCGUGGGACUCGCCUGAAUCGCACAUCAGCCUCGCGAAGAGAAUUGUCGAGGAGACGCCGAACGCGGUCAUGCUCGACCAGUACAAUAACCCUGCCAACCCGGACGCCCACUACCACACCACCGCCCUCGAGAUCCUCACCUCCCUCUCUCUCGUCCCCUCGACCCCCUCGCGCCCCUCCAGCGGCACAGUAGACGUCCUCGUCGCCGGCGCCGGGACAGGCGGGACCCUCACUGGUCUCUCGAGGCGCUUGAGGGAGGCGAAUCCGGAGUUGGUCAGUUUGGGAGUGGAUCCGGUGGGCAGUGUGCUGGCGAGACCGGAGAGUCUGAAUGUUCUCAAGGAGGGGGAGAGCGCGAUUUAUAAGGUCGAAGGAACCGGCUACGACUUUGUCCCCGCCGUCCUCUCCCACCCCAACGUAACCCACUGGCUCAAAUCAACUGACACCGACUCCUUCGCCACCUGCAAGCGCCUCAUCCGAACGGAAGGCUUGUUGGUAGGCGGCUCGUCGGGCGCUUCGGUGCAUGCGGCGUUGAGGUGGUUGAAGAGCGAGGAAGGGUGGAGGGUUGCGGGUGGGAAGGAGGGGAAAAACGUGGUUGUUGUUUUGCCGGAUUCGAUCCGUAACUACAUCACCUCCUCCUGGCUCAACGACGACUCGCCCACCGCCACCGCAGACAAGUCCCACUCGGUCGCGACGGAUUUGGGGGACGUCGAUGCACUCGCGAGGAAGAUGAGCGGGUUGGCGACGCCGCCGGAUUCGGCGCAUGGGGAUGCGUAG